CAUGGGAGACUGGAGCUUCUUGGGGAAUAUUUUGGAGGAGGUAAAUGAACACUCCACUGUUAUUGGAAGAGUAUGGCUCACAGUUCUAUUUAUUUUUCGGAUCCUCAUACUUGGAACUGCUGCAGAGUUUGUUUGGGGUGAUGAACAAUCUGAUUUUGUAUGCAACACCCAGCAGCCUGGUUGCGAGAAUGUCUGCUAUGAUGAAGCUUUUCCCCUCUCCCACAUUAGGCUGUGGGUCCUGCAGAUUAUCUUUGUCUCCACACCGUCACUGGUAUAUGUGGGACAUGCUGUACACCAUGUGCGAAUGGAGGAAAAACGAAAGGAGAGGGAGGAGGCAGAGAUGAGCAGGCAGCAGGAAAUGAACGAAGAAAGGUUGCCACUUGCACCUGAUCAAGGAAGCAUCAGAACCACUAAAGAAACCAGCACCAAAGGAACCAAGAGAUUUAGACUGGAGGGAACACUUUUGAGAACCUAUAUCUGCCACAUUAUUUUCAAAACUCUUUUUGAGGUGGGCUUUGUUGUUGGCCAAUAUUUCCUUUAUGGUUUCAGUAUCCUUCCCCUGUAUCGUUGUAGCCGAUGGCCUUGCCCAAAUGUUGUGGACUGCUUUGUCUCUAGACCAACUGAAAAAACUGUGUUUAUAAUGUUUAUGUUGGCUGUUGCUGCAGUAUCCCUGUUUUUAAACGUUGUAGAGAUCAGUCACCUGGGAUGGAAAAAAAUUAGGCUUGCCUUCCGGAGAACCAACGAACAACAGGCUCAUUCUUUGUUGGGAGAGGUUUCUGAGAAGCCUCUGCAUUCUAUAUCCAUUUCUUCCAUUCCAAAGUCUAAGGGAUACAAACUGUUGGAGGAAGAAAAAGUUGUUUCCCAUUUCUAUCCAAUGACUGAAAUUGGCCUAGAAGCCAGUCCCCUUCCAGCUCACUUUAAUGGCUAUGAAAAAAGCAGCACAGAACUUCUUGAAGAUAUCUCCAAGGCAUAUGAUGAGACUCUGCCAUCCUAUCGACAAGAAGAAGACCAAGAGACUGUGAAAGUGCAAGUGGCUGAGACCUUAGAGCAUGCUCAUUCUGAGCGUGCCAUAUCAGUGAGGUCCCCUUCGGUGCGUGUCCCCUCUGAUAGUGCCCUAUCUGAACGUGCACCAUCUGAAAGAGUGCCAUCCCGUGCCAUCUCUGAAAAUGUACGAUCAGAACGAGCUCCUUCAGAGCGUGCACUUUCAGUUAGAAUGCCAUCUAAUAAUGUACUCUCAGAAAGAGCAUCUUCUGAGCGAGCACCUUCUCGUGCAGCCUCUGAGAAUGCAGCUUCUGAUCGGGCUCCCUCUGAGCGAGCCCCCUCACGAGCAGCUUCUGAACAAGCACCCUCUGAGCAUGCACUCUCUGAGACAACACCUUCUCGAGUAGCAUCCCUUAACGCACACUUAGAUAGUCCUUCUCCCACUGCAGUUCCAGAAAAAGUAUUCACUGACAUAAUCCAGCCAGAAAAUAUUUCUAGUGAACACAUUCCUUCGCAGGCAGCCUCUGAGUAUGUUCUAGAUGAGUGUUCUCUCUCUCAAGCAGCCUUGGAAGAGGUUCCAGGUGAGCGGAUCCCAUCUAGGGCUGUCUCAGAGCUUGCUACAUCUGAACGUGGCCUACCGGAACCUGUUCUGCCUGAGCCGGAGAUAUGUGAACCAGAUCCCCUAGGUCCUGAACUUCCUUUACUCUGCAUAGAAUUAGUUUCUGAUUCUAGAUCUCUAAGCCGAUUAAGCAAAGCAAGCAGUAGGGCCCGCUCAGAUGAUCUAACAGUAUGA